AGUGCGCGGGCGGGCCGUCGUGGGCGCCGCUACCGGCAGCUCUGUGCCUGUGGGACCAGGGGCCGCGGCGGCGCCGGUGCUCCCGGGCGAGGGCCGCCGUGAAGUUCGGCGUGAGCAGCGCGGCCGCGCCGGGGCGGGGUGAGCGGGGCCGGGCUCCGGGAGCGCGGCGCCGGCUGAAGCGAGCUGGGAGGCUCGAGGGACCGGCGGGCGCUGUGUAAUGUUCAAGCACAGAAAUGCCUUAUGUGGAUCGUCAGAAUCGCAUUUGUGGUUUUCUAGACAUUGAAGAAAAUGAAAACAGUGGGAAGUUUCUUCGGAGGUACUUCAUACUGGAUACCAGAGAAGAUAGUUUUGUAUGGUACAUGGAUAAUCCGCAGAACCUGCCUUCUGGAUCAUCACGUGUUGGAGCCAUUAAACUUACCUACAUUUCAAAGGUUAGCGAUGCAACUAAGCUAAGGCCAAAGGCUGAGUUCUGUUUUGUUAUGAACGCAGGGAUGAGGAAAUACUUCCUACAAGCCAAUGAUCAGCAGGACCUAGUAGAAUGGGUAAAUGUGUUGAACAAAGCUAUAAAAAUUACAGUACCAAAGCAUUCAGACUCACAACCUCAUUCUGAUAACCCAAGUCGCCAAGGUGAAUGUGGGAAGAAGCAAGUGUCUUACAGAACUGACAUUGUUGGUGGUGUGCCCAUCAUUACCCCAACUCAGAAAGAAGAAGUAAAUGAAUGUGGUGAAAGUAUUGACAGAAAUAAUUUGAAGCGGUCACAAAGCCAUCUUCCUUACUUUACUCCUAAACCAUCUUCAGAUAGUGCAGUUAUCAAAGCUGGUUAUUGUGUAAAACAAGGAGCGGUGAUGAAAAACUGGAAGAGAAGAUAUUUUCAAUUGGAUGAAAACACAAUAGGCUACUUCAAAUCUGAACUGGAAAAGGAACCUCUCCGUGUAAUACCACUUAAAGAGGUUCAUAAAGUCCAGGAAUGUAAGCAAAGUGACAUAAUGAUGAGAGACAACCUCUUUGAAAUUGUAACAUCGUCUCGAACUUUCUAUGUGCAGGCUGAUAGCCCUGAAGAGAUGCACAGUUGGAUUAAAGCAGUCUCUGGUGCCAUUGUAGCACAGCGGGGACCUGGCAGAUCAGCGUCUUCUAUGCGGCAGGCCAGAAGGCUGUCGAAUCCUUGUAUACAGAGGAGCAUCCCCGCUGUCCUUCCGAACCCAAACACGCUCUCCUCUCUGCCGGUGCCACAGCAGCCACCCCGCGAUCCACAGCCUCUCGCAGCGACUCUCUGGUCUCAGGCUUUCCCGUGGAGAAGCGAGGAUUUUACGAAUCUCUUGCCAAGGUCAAGCCAGGGAACUUCAAGGUCCAGACUGUCUCUCCAAGAGAACCAGCUACCAAAGUGACUGAGCAAGCUCUGCUAAAACCUCAAAGUAAAAAUGGCCCUCAGGAACAGGAUUGUGACCCCGUGGACUUGGAUGACGCGAGCCUUCCAGUCAGUGAUGUGUGAGAUGGAAGCACGUGGAGCCUGACCCACUCAUCCGCCCUCAGUGUCCUUUCAAGAGGCUUCUCGCCAAAGAUGAUAAAGGGGAAAGGGGCUUUAAUGCGUAUAGUAUACUGCCUCAUCGAUGUUCUCUUCAUAAGCUGGUAAGCCAAGAAGCUAGGGCCUGGCCAAACUAAAUGCAAUUUCUU